AUGGGCAUACCUCUGGACAAAGCUUCAUUUUUAGCUUUGUUCCUCGAGACUUUGUUUUACGGCGUGUUCUUUACUUUAUACUGGUUGACGCUAUUCGUCUUGUUCAAGAAAACUGGCAUUCAACAACAACUUCUUGUCCCUGUGGCAACCUUGCUGCUCUGUAUUGCAACAGCUCAUCUCAUAAUCGAUUUUGUUCGAGCACUAGAAGCCUUCGUAUUCAAGGUGGAUACGAUUGGUGCAAAUGCCUACUAUUCAAAUCUUGCUUCGCCAUUGGAUCUCGCAUCAAAGGCACUUUACAUUACGCAAACCACUCUUGCUGAUGGUGUAGUUGUUUGGCGAUGUCAUGUGCUUAACCAUAAAAGCCGCUUUGUUGCUAUUCCUGGUUGUAUCGUGCUAAUAGUCAAUGCGGCUACCGGGUACUAUGUCGUCUGGUCCCUCUCUCGGGCAUAUGCGCUGUCCACAGUUUCCACCGCUACUUCAGGGUGUAUCACUACAUUCUAUACAUUGACCAUGUUUGUCAGCGUUGUCUGUACCAUUUCAAUUGCAUGGCGAAUUUAUCACACUCGCCGUUCUAUGCCAGGAGGCCUUGCCAAUCUUUUACCCGUUUUCAUCGUCGUCAUUGAGAGCGGCGCUUUAUAUGCCACGAGUGUGCUUGCACUCCUAAUAUCAUUCUUGGUCGGAUCCAAUGGCGAAUACAUCAUGCUGGGCGUCAUCCCUCCAAUUGUAGGAAUUACAUUCUGCCUCAUCAUUCUCCAAGUACACUUCCACAUCGGUGGCAGCUCCUCGACUGAACAGUCCUCUGAUGUAGGUGGAAUCCUCACCAACCUUUUUCGAGGGCGAAGUACGCGGGACCAUCACUUCAGCAUGCAACGGGUGGCUGUGCACAUCACUGAGGAGGAGAUCGUUCAGUCUGAUAAUAUGAGCGGGAAGAAUAGCCAACCGGUAUCGGGGAGCGUCUUUCAACUGUAG